AUGAAGCAAAUCUGGAUCGAACUCGUCUUCGUAUGUUUUCUGAUUAACUUUGUUGCUUCCAAAAGCCCUAAAACGGCUUCAAACUUAUGGCAAGGGAAGUCGGUGACGAUCAUGACAUUCAACACAUGGCAAUCUGGCGCCAAUGUUGACGACGGCAUCAACAAGAUUGCAAAACACAUUUUGCAAAACGACCCGGAUAUUGUGGGUGUGCAGGUGAGGCGAGUCGAGUGUGACUAUUGAAUUAUCAGGAGAUUGGCAGCCGAGAAAAGAUCCAGGAAAUGGCAGAUGCGUUGAGCAGGAGUAGCGGUCGCGUUUGGUGGUAUGUCCAUGUGGAAAAUAGUGAUAGGGGAUUGCUCACAAAACACCAGGUAUAUGGGCUAAUUGAACAAUAAAAAUUGCCGUUGCGUCCCGACUUUUCGGGUCUAUGUAAUAUUCAUAUAUAUGACAGUUUGUGUCAACACAAAAUCGAUCGAUACGGGGCAUAGGGCAGGUGGAUACCCAGAAAAAAGGUUGCAGGAGCAGGAAGUGCCUACGAGGCCUGGCAAAGCCGUUGGAUGGUCGGCAAACGCUCGGCGGGGCUCGGCGGAGGCUCGGCGGACGCUCGGCGAGGGCUUGCAAUAUGUCCACAUUUUCUAAUUUCAGCUAAUACUAACGUUAGUUUUAUUUACUCUUAGUUAUUGUAAAUAACAUAUAAAAGACCAAAAUUUGGUGCAAAAAAUGAAGAUACAUAACUUUUAUCUAGAUAUUAUUGAUGUGAGUACAUGUAAAAUACCUCAAAAAUAGGUGAUAAGCUACCCUAGGACCCGAUCAAUCUUAUUUAUUAUGUCCACUAACUAUACAGUGCGCGCCAAAAUGAUAGAGCCACUCAGUUUUUUUGGAUUUAUUCUUUUAUGGUUAGGUGGGCCAAGCCGGCAUAACGCAUAUAUGCAAUAUCAUGAUAGACCUGCACUACGGCCACCAUAACUUAGGUCUAGCCUGGCGCCAAUCCAAAAAAAAAAUCAAAAAUUCGGACCUUCCCCCUCGGUCGACGCGUCAAAUGAUAGAGCCACCGGAUUUUUCUCCUCGGUGGUGGUAGGCGGGGAUCUAUUGGUACUGUAGUCUGUUAAUAUUACUACUGCUAUUCACUGCUGAUGUGAAACGGUUACUGUAACUACCGGUCAUACGGUAGCUUUUGGCAAAUUUAGAAAAUCUUCCAAAUUUUGGGUAAAAUUGACCGGAAAUAAAUUUUUUGACGGUUGUAUCCGGGUGGGAAUACCUUCAAAACAUAUUAGAAGGCCUAUAUUUUCUAACAGUAAUCAAUUUCCGUUAAAAUCACAUCGACCAUAAACUAAGAAUUAUAUUAUAGUACUUUAGCAGAUGGACAGAUUCUAUAAUAAUGUCAUUUAUGCCAAUGAGGGAACAUGGAGGUAAAAACAAACUUCCUGCUAGACUGCAACACACGAUAUAGAAUAUUUCCGUUUAACCUGGAAAGGCUGUAAAGUCUCGUACACCCUAGGAAUAAUGCCACAAGAGAAGCAAUUUUGGUUCUCUAGAUGACUACACCAAAGUUUCUCUGUAGUUGUUUAUCAUUACGUUAUUAUUGAGUUAAUCAUGCUGCGUUACGCACAAAAAGAUCCGCACUCGUCGUUUCAAAACCCGAAGCCAUCAUAUUCUGACGGUAGUCAUGUCACCAAAAUAUCGUUUUUUCGGGUAUAACUUUGGUAAACUUCAUAAUACCGUUAGCAAUUUGAAUAAAGGAAUUAUUGAAUUCGGUCCUGUUAUAGUAAUCUAUGGUCCUUUUGCAAUUGUACCACAAGUUCUGGGGCCGCUUCUCAGACUCAUACAUAAGCAAUAGACAUUAUUAUAGAAUCUGUCCAUCUACUAAAGUAAUAUAAUAUCAUUCUUUGUUUAUGGUCGAUGUGAUUUCAACGGAAAUUAAUUACUGUUAGAAAAUAUAGGCCUUCUAAUAUUUCUUGAAGGUAUUUCCAUCCGGAUACAACCGUCGAAAAAUUUAUUUCCGGUCAAUUUUACCCAAAAUUUGGAAGAUUUUCUAAAUUUGCCAAAAGCUACCGUAUGACCGGUAGUUACAGUAACCGUUUCACAUCAGCAGUGAAUAGCAGUACUAAUAUUAACAGACUACAGUACCAAUAGAUCCCCGCCUACCACCACCGAGGAGAAAAAUCCGGUGGCUCUAUCAUUUUGACGCGUCGACCGAGGGGGAAGGUCCGAAUUUUUGAUUUUUUUUUUGGAUUGGCGCCAGGCUAGACCUAAGUUAUGGUGGCCGUAGUGCAGGUCUAUCAUGUUAUUGCAUAUAUGCGUUAUGCCGGCUUGGCCCACCUAACCAUAAAAGAAUAAAUCCAAAAAAACUGAGUGGCUCUAUCAUUUUGGCGCCCACUGUAUAGGCCUUCCCCUAGCCUCGCCCAUGCAUAAAAUGACAAACCGAGGCGAUCCAUAGUAUCGUUGACCCAAACUGUCGCUGACCCGAACAGUCGUAGCGCCGAAAAAUUGUAGAUAAACGGGGACUCGAUCGUCCGUACCGGCUCAGCAGUUGGUGCCCAAAUUCUUUUCGACGACGGCAGAAAAGCCACAUUGUACUCUUUACACCUGGAUUACAAAUCGUACGGCCCUUACUUGACGUUGUUUCGAACGUUCAACAAUUUCACGUUCUUAGACGAGAUUGAGCGGAAUAUAACCGGUAAGACGCUAACAUACUGACAAGGGAGGACUUCCAAUUUCAGCGCUCAGAUUUUCUUCGAAAUUGCGAGGGGAGGGGUACGCGAAACGAGGAGGGCUCAGGAAGGAAAAUAGUUUUUGGCCAUAUUUUUGCCAGUUUGGCAUGGAAAAAAGUUAAUUUUUUUGGCGAAGAUAGGCCGGUGAAGACAUACAAAUUUUCAUGCCAAAAUUCACACAAAAAUCUGUCAUUUGUCCCCACUAUCUAAAAAUCUCGGUGCUAAGAGUGUCGUGUAUGUCCUACAAAAGAAUAAUCUAAAUUUGCGCCAAGUUGAACCAAAAUCUGAGCGUUGCACUUGGCAUAAUUCCCUUCUAAACGCAAAUUGCAGGUCGCAGCGUGGGAAUACAGGAACUUCUGGCUAGCGAGGGCUUCCAAGCCGCCUUGGCAAACGCAGAAACGGAGCCGCUCUUUGUUGUCGGCGAUUUUAACACGCCUUCCCAUCUCGAUUACACAAAGGAGGCGUUGUAAGUUGUUUCAUUAUUUUCUAGACAAGAUCAAAGUUAAUUUUUUUGUACAAAAUUAUGUUCAGCCAUUUUGAUGACUUCUCUUCAAUUUUCAGGCCUUCCCGCGGCUUCACUUUUGAAUGGCCGGCCACUCAGAUCCUUCAAAACUCGACCGGCCUUGUCGACUCGUUCCGCGAGGUGCAUCCGGAUCCGGUUAAACACCCCGGCAACACCUGGUCCACGGUGUGGAAAACGAUCGCAGAUUACGAAGGUUUUCAAUAUGUCAUCCCAGAACCACAAGACCGAAUCGACUUGAUUUUCUACAAAAGCAGCUUGCUGAAGACCGUGUCAAGUGAGCCGUACGCCGGCGAUUUCGUGCCGAAACCACAGGACGUUUGGCAUAAUGAUUGGCCGUCUGACCACUACGCUCUUGUCUCGACUUUUAAAGGUGUUUGA